AUGGAUCAGGGAACGAAACCAGGUUAUGAACCAGAUCGCAUUCCACCAUCGGUUUUCGCAACCACAAUGACUUCUAAACAAGAAUGGAGUACUCAAUCUAACGAUUUGUUUAGUAUUCACAUGGGAGAUCAAAGUUUCACCAAAAUGUAUAAAUCUGGAGAACUCUCCAAUUUCGACUAUACUGCUACGUAUAUUAACGAUAACAGCAACAUUGAUAACAAAACUAAGUUGACGGACGCUGGAACCAAAGAGGUCAACAUCCUGGAAGCGGAAACCGGACCAGAAACCGCUAAUCGGGAUGGCCUAAUCAAUGUAUCUAAACCGGAUCAACCUCGACAAAAUCAGUUAAGUCCGACCAAGUCUUAUCGCUCCGACACCAGUAAUAACAGCGCAGCUUCUUUUGCAUUUCCCAUAUUACCAGAGUCCCAACAAGAUCCGAAAACGGCACUUAAGGUGAAGGAUGAAAAUGGUGGAACGGAUAUAUCAAGACCAGACCCGAAGGCCAGUUCUUACUCGGAUGAUCCCAAACCAGGGGACGGUGGUGGCUGGCUUUCUUGUUUUUCAUGUUUCUCGGUGAAAAGUUGA